AUGACAGAGGUUAAAGGACAGUCUAUACAGCUAGAGAUGUUGGAUGUUACCAAAGAAAGGGGGAGGCAUCAAAAGAAAGAGGAGGGGUCGGAGGUAGAGGGAAUGUGUAAAAGAGUGGAAGAUGACAGUUUAAUUGCCAGGAAGUAACAGCAGCCAAAGACUGUGCUUACAGAGACAAAGAAAGCCAACUCCCAUCCUCCCUAAAUGUGCAUUGUUAGUUAGUUUGCUGCAAAGGGAUAGUUCGCUAUUAGUUUGCAUAUUAGUGCCAUCAAGACACUCACUGUACUAUGUAUUUGCCACUGUAAUUUACACCAUCCCACCCUCUCCCCUCCCUCCCUCCCUCUCUCCCCUCCCCUCCCUCUCUCCCCUCCAAUCUCCCCCUCCCUCUCUCUCCCCUCCUCAGUGUAUCAAUAUCUCUGCAGUCAUGCCGUCUCAGUUGGAGAGUUCCAUGGAGUCCCUGAUCAAGGUGUUCCAUCGCUAUGCCGACAAGGACGGUGACUGCAACACACUGAGCAAGAAGGAGCUGAAAGAACUCAUGCAGACAGAACUGGCCAGCUUCCUCAAGGUACCAGAGACAUUCAUCUCUCUCUCUCUUUUCUAUCCCUCUGUUUUUAUCUCACUGUCCCUCUACACUUUCUCUCUGUUGCUCAUCUCACUCCCUUUCCCUCUCGUUCUGAUUUCUCUCAAUUUGUUAGAAUAAAGAGUAUCCAAAGUCAAUCUAACCUCCUCUCCCCUUCUCUCAUCUAUUGCUCUCUCUCUCUCUCUCUCUCUCUCUCUCUCUCUCUCUCUCGCUCUCUCUCGCUCUCUCUCGCUCUCUCGCUCUUUCACUCUCUCGCUCUCUCUCGCUUUCGCUCUCUCUCUCUCUUGCUCUCUCGCUCUUGCUCUCUUGCUCUCUCUCUUGCGCGCUCUCUCGCUCUCUCUCGCGCUCUCUCGUUCUCUCUCGCUCUCUCUCUCUCUCUCUCGCUCUCUCUUGCUCUCUCUUGCUCUCUCUUGCUCUCGCUCUCUCUCUCGCUCUCUCUCACUCUCUCUCGCUCUCUCUUGCUCUCUCUCGCUCUCUCUCGCUCUCUCUCGCUUACUCACUCUCUUCAUCUCCUCCAUCUCACCUUCCCUCUCAGUCCCAGAAGGACUCAGCCGCCAUAGACAAGAUCAUGAAGGAUCUGGACCAGAAUGGAGAUGGGAAGGUGAACUUCGAGGAGUUUGUCUCUCUGGUGGUGGGCCUCUCCAUCGCCUGUGAACAGAUCUACCAGCUUCAGACCAUGAAGUCUACCGCCAAGAAAUGA